ACCGCAGUAGGGGUCGUUUUCUCAUAGAUCCUACAGUAUGGCUACAACUUAUUAUAAAGAAGCCUGGCCAUCAAUAGGCAAACAUCGUUCGUUGAGCGUUUGACCAAUCCUACGUCACUUAUCCAUGCCACAUAUGAUAUAUAUCGUUAGGAGACGACAUAGUCUGCUGUCUUGACAAGUAGCCAAGCAUACGUCUGCCCCUUCAGAACAUACCGCACCAUCACAGGAUGUCCUCUAGGAAAGCACCGGUCAUGGUAGAGAUACAUGCCAUCUCGAGCAUUUACUCGCCCGCCCAUGACGCAACAAGACAAGAUCCUAUUCGCAAACGUCUCUCGAUCAUUGAUUCCAGCUGUGCAAACUUCACACCGACCGGGGCGCUAUGGUAUCUUGAGCGCUCGGCUGAUGAAUCUACGUUUGCCAUUGACGCUCUUCGAGAAAGCUUGAAGGCAACCUUGCAAGGCUAUCUGCAAUUCACAGGACGAUUGCGUAUGGUGCAUCAGGACGAUGAAGAAUCACAUGCAAACGGAACGGCGUUUUACAAUCGUCUUGAAGUGUGGUAUGGCGAUGCAAAUGCUCCAGGGGUCACUUUUGUAGCUGCGUGUUCAACGGCGAAGCUUGAUGACUUUGUCCCCACGGCACAGGAGCAGGCGCAGAGGAGAGUUUGGAAAGCGACAGAUAUACCGCGGGAAGAUGUCUUCCUCUCAAACCCUCUGGCAAACGGCAUGACAGCUCCGACCUACGACGACAGCAACAACAUAUCCGACCCCGUGAUGGUAGUGCAAGUCACCUCGCUCUGCGAUGGAGUCGUCAUCGGCGUCAAGAUAUCUCACCCCCUCGCAGAUGCGCAUACCCUUGCUCUCUUCGUCCGCGAUUGGUCUUCAACACAUGCGGCAAUGCACAACGGCCUGUCUCCAGCUCCACCGACCGCAAUCUUUGAGCCACAACUCAUAGAUGACGCGGCGACGAAGGCAUUACACGGCUCCUCGAAAGAGGAAAUCCUCUCCAAAGCUCUUAGUGCUCCAAUGCAGCGCUUCGACUGGUGGGACUGUGCACACGCCCCGUUUCGUUCUGUGGCCAUGCAACCUCCCGAGAUCCUGAGGGACAAACCCGCCGCCAAAACACCUAUUCGCAAGCCUGAUAGAACAGCAUGGCACGAAUGGAACCGCGAUGCACCAGUCGAACACGUCGUCUUGCACUUCAGCGCCGCAGAAAUCUCAUCUCUGCGUGAGCACGUCGCGCUGCACACAGAUACCAACAACACCCUCCAGCCAAGCACUCACGACAUACUCCUGGCACAUAUCUGGUCUGCCAUCACACGAGCCAGGGGCUUCACAACUCACUCUGACGACGACGACGACGACGACGACGGCAACGUCCACGCAGCCCUCAGCUUCUCCCUCCGCACACGCCUCUCCCCACCGCUCCCCUCUCACACCACCGGCUCCCCAAUCGCAAACAUCACAUUCACCCUCCCCGCACACACCGUCGCAUCACCAACCUCCCUCGCCCACACCGCAUCCACAAUCCGCACCACUCUACACACCCUCACCCCCUCACUCCUCGCAGCACACAUCUACAGCCUCACGCAAGAAACCACCCCACAGCGCAUCUGGCAGCUCUUCCUCGGCCGCAGACACGUAAUCAUCACGAGCUGGGCGCGCACUGGGUGUUACGACGUCGAUUUCGGCACGGGCAAGACACCACGCUAUGUUCAUCCCAUGAUGCCGGCUGUGGACGGGUGCGUACAAGUCAUGGAAGCUGCAGCACGAAAGGAGGAAGCGGAGCAUGAUGAUGAUGAUGAUGAUGGAAAAUGGUUUGCAAGGGGCGUGAAUGUGAAUGUAUUUCUCACCGCAGACGCGAUGGAGAUGCUGUUGCGCGAGUACGUAGAAGUAUCCCGCCUGCACAGCUAG